GUUGCGGGAGGAGGCGUGCAGCCCGGAGCCCGUCCGUCAUCUUCACGCCUCCUAUUGGCUGCAGCGAAAUGUUGGCCGCCUCUCUGCUUCUUUCGCUCCCCCUCCGUCAAAUAUUCUUGGACCUGCCGGAGCUUUGCGAUGGGUCGACAGAGGUAGCGUUCACCUGUAGAUGGUCCACCACACCCCCCAAUUGAAGAUUUCGGAUUACCGCUGGAAUUAACUGCACUUUACCACAUUUGUCUCUUUGUUUCGUGGAGAUUGUCGUGCAUUUUAUUUAUUUAUUUUCAAAGAAUUUUAACCUGCAUGGAGGGAUGCGGGCAUGGCUUGCACGAGGCGAACCAAAACUUUGGUGUCCACAUGCGUGAUCCUGAGCGGCAUGACCAAUAUUGUGUGUCUGCUCUACGUCGGAUGGGUGACUAAUUACAUCGCCAAUAUUUACAUCAAAGUGCCCAUGCCUUUCCCCGAGAGAAAGUUCGAGGAGGUGGACAAAAGAUCAGGAGACACUCUCAGACUCAUGGAGCGACUCGAUCGCCUGGAGAUUGUGGUCAAUCAGCACAUACAAGAGGCUCCGGGCCGAGGAGAGGACGAGCAGGCCGACACGUCUUUCUCAGACUCGUCUCUCUUCGCUCACUGGGGUCAGGAGCUCAGCUCCGAUAAUCGACGAGUGGCGCUCAAGAUGUUCCAGUACUACGGCUACAACAGUUACCUCAGCGACCGUCUCCCAUUAGACAGGCCCAUCGCAGAUCUCAGGCCCACUGGGUGCAGAAACAUCACUUAUCCUUUAAACCUCCCGCAAGUGAGCGUCGUGUUCAUUUUCGUGAAUGAAGCCCUGUCUGUCAUCCUGCGGUCCAUUCACUCAGCCAUUAGCAGAACGCCCUCCCAUCUACUCAAAGAGAUCAUUUUGGUGGAUGACAACAGCAAUAACGAAGAGCUGAAGGAGAAGUUGAAGGAUUUUGUGUCAGAGACCAACAGCAAGCGUCCGGGAUUCAUCAAGAUGGUGCGGCAUGCCAAGCAGGAGGGCCUGAUCCGGUCCAGAGUGAGCGGGUGGCGAGCCGCCACCGCUCCAGUCGUUGCCCUUUUCGAUGCCCAUGUGGAAUUCAAUGUUGGCUGGGCUGAACCCAUUCUUCAGAGAAUUAAAGAGGACAGAACUCGCAUAAUUUCCCCUUCGUUUGACAACAUCAAGUACGACACGUUUGAGAUUGAGGAGUAUCCGCUGUCUGCCCAGGGCUUUGACUGGGAGCUGUGGUGUCGCUACCUCAACCCCCCCAAGUCUUGGUGGCACAAGGGAAACAAAAGUGCUCCCAUCCAGAGCCCCGCCCUGAUUGGCUGCUUUGUGGUGGACAGACUAUACUUUGAGGAGAUAGGUCUGCUGGAUGAAGGAAUGGAGGUGUACGGUGGAGAGAAUGUGGAGCUGGGCAUCAGGGUGUGGCAGUGUGGCGGCAGCGUGGAGGUCCUGCCGUGCGCCCGGAUCGCCCACAUCGAGCGUGCUCAUAAACCUUACACAGAGGACCUGACGUCCCACGUGCGACGCAAUGCCCUCAGAGUUGCAGAAGUUUGGAUGGAUGAAUUUAAGAGCCAUGUUUACAUGGCCUGGAACGUUCCUCAGGAGGACUCGGGCAUUGACAUCGGCGACAUCUCACAAAGAAAGGCUCUGAGGAAGAGGCUGCAGUGUAAAACUUUCAGAUGGUACCUGGUCAACAUCUACCCUGAGAUGAGGAUGUACAGCGAAACUGUUGCAUAUGGAGUACUGAAAAACUCUCUGAAGAAUGAUGUGUGUCUGGAUCAGGGGCCUGACAAUGACAAUGUUCCCAUCAUGUACCUCUGUCAUGGAAUGACACCACAGAAUGUGUACUACACCAGUACUCAGCAGCUUUUGGUGGGUCUCCUCAGUCCCACUGUUGACGAUGAUGACAAUAAGUGCCUGGUGGACGUGAACAGCAGACCACGCCUCAUCGAGUGUAGCUACGCCACAGCCAAACGCAUGAAACUACACUGGCUCUUCACUCAGGGCGGAUCCAUUCAGAACAGAAAAUCAAGAAGAUGCCUGGAGCUUGUAGCAAACAGUGACAACGAGUUUGGUUACCAACUGGCUCUGCAGAAAUGCACUGGACAGAAAUGGUUCAUCACAAAUAUAUUGUAUAGCAAUUCCCCAUGAGCACACCUGACUUACUGAGUGGCUACGUAUGGAGUUUGUGUCUCUAUCUGUGAGUGUAAUUCUGCAUUCCAGAGAGCUGGGAAGUAGGAAAUAUCACAUUGAGAAAUGUUGGCGUUCCAAUCAAUGGUAAACAAAAGAAUAACAUGGCUGAUGACCUCGAUGAGUGCAUCAUCAGCAUUCGAGCUGUGCCCUCCAAAAACGAACACAAUCCAUGACUCUGGUGAGUCGACUUUGAUAUCGUUUAACUUGCUAUUGGAAAUAAAGGAAUGAAGGUUGAAAUAAUUCCAGACUCAUACUGUUGUCAUUAUCACAGAGCUGUGAAUUGGUGAAAAUUUGUGAGUAUGUACACUGACUUCAAACGGCGUCCACUUCGAUUUUAUCUUCAGAUGGUGGAAAUCGCUGACUUCACAGUUUUCUGGAACACCGCAAAAAAAAAAAAAAAAAAAAAAAAAAAAAACACCAAUUGUCGAUGGGGAAAGGAUGACAUAAAUGAGAUAAUUUGAUGCUGAACCAUAUUGUGAAUGUUACAUUUAAAUAUGCCCACAGAAAGAUGAGCCGAUGGUAUUUCAAUGGAUAUUUUUGUGGCACAGCAGAAUACUUUGUAUAUUUUAUGGUCAAAGCAGUACAGUCAUAUUUUCAUUGGAUGAAAAAAAAAGGUACUGAAUUCAAAAUGUUUGGGUGCUUUUUUAUGGCUACCGUGUAGCAAUCUGUUCCUGCUUAAAGUAUUUUAUUUCACGGUCUCAGGUUUAUUUUGUGAAUUAGCUGUAUACCCGAUGGAACAAAUGGGGAAAAAAUGUUUAUUAUUUUCUGAUUGUUAAUAACCUGAAUAUUUGUAUUAUAUGACAGUGAAUUAAAAAAAAAUCUUUCAACCAUUA